UCUAAGAGAAGAAAAUAAGAAAACAAAAGAAGAGUGUGACAAAAUCAAACAGGAGCGAGAUGAAGCAGUCAAACAGCUGGAAGAGUUACAAAAAGUAUCUCACAUGGUCAUUGAGGAAGUCAGCUGUAUACAGAACCACCUUGAAAUCGAAAAGACGUGCCGUGAAAGUGCAGAAGCUCUGGCGACCAAGCUCAGCAAAGAAAACAAGACCUUGAAAAGAAUCAGCAUGUUGUACAUGGCAAAACUGGGGCCAGAUAUCAUUACAGAGGAAAUAAACAUCGAUGAUGAAGAUACUUCCACAGACACUGAAGUUAGCCCUGGUGCUUGUGACUCGGUGCAAUGCCAACAGGUGAUAAAAGAUCUGCGCGAUCAAAUUAUAUCUCUUCAGGAAGAAAAGAAGACCAUAGCUAUUGAGCUGGAAAACCUGAGGAGCAAAUUUGUAGAAGAAAUCCUAGAAGUGAAUAAAGUCAAGAAAGAAAAUGCAAUUCUUACAGCAGAAGUUAAUAAACGCCAGAAAGUGUUGGAAAAAUGUAAUCGAAUGUCUGUACUGGCAGUAGAAGAGUAUGAAGAACUGCAAGUCAAUUUUGAGUUGGAAAAAAACUUAAGGAAGAGAGCAGAAUCCUUUGCCCAAGAGAUGUUUAUUGAACAAAAUAAGCUGAAAAGGCAGAGUCAGCUUCUGCUGCAAAACUCUACCCCAGAUGAACAACUUUUGAAAGCUUUGGAUGAAAAUGCCAAGCUGAACCAAAUCCUAGAUGAAGAAAGGUUGCAACACAAGCAAAGGGUUGAAGAAUUGGAAGCACGGUUAGCCGAUGAAGUCUUGCAUAAGGAAAUAAAAUCUCUUAAACAGCAAGUUGAACUUCUAGAAGAAGAUAAAAAAGAAUUAGAAGAAAAGUAUCAGAGUGCUGAAGAACAAGCUAAAAACUUGAAGCAAUCAGUUGAUGAACUUCAAAAAAGAAUACACCAAUCGGAAAACCCAGUUCCCCCUCCUCCUCCACCACCUCCGCUUCCUCCACCUCCUCCAAAUCCAAUAAGGUCGUUAAUGUCAAUGAUUCGUAAGAAGUCUCAUCCAAACAGCAGUUUGACCAAGAAAGAAAAGGUGUCUCUGCAAGAAUCAGGAGAAGUAACGGAUCUGAAGAGACAAGCUGUGGAAGAAAUGAUGGAUAGAAUUAAAAAGGGAGUUCACCUUAGACCUGUUAAUCAGUCCAACCGUUCUAAGACAAAGCCAGAAGUACCCAAGCCUUCUGAGAAUGCAGUGAAAGAGCUAAAGGGAAUUCUGGAAACUUUGAAUACAUCAGUAAGUUCAAGAAGCCUAAAAUCCCUUGACACCUACAGUAAUGAAACGGAAUUAGAAAGAAUUUUGCGGCUCCGAAAGGUGACAACUGAUCAAGAUAGUAGCACUCCAACUGGAAUCUUGGCUACUUCUGAAUCCAAAUCUAUGCCAGUGUUGGGCUCCAUUGGAACACAGUCUGGAUUGAACAAGAAAGCUGUAGUGGUGGAAUUCAGUCCCAAAUCUUUGGGGUCUAAUGAACAGUGCCAGAAAAUGGUCAAAAGCACAAGUUCCAAGUUUGCAAUUCAGUCAUCAAGCAGUGUGGGGCUUGAAAACAAGGUAGCUGGUCUAGUAAAGCAGGCAGAAUCCACAGUCCUGCUGAAUCCUGAGAAAACCAAAGAGCAAGCGCCUGCACACAUGGAUCAAGGCAAGAAGACUGAAGAAGGUCAACAACUUCAUGAAGACACUGGUGUUGAGAAAACAAAAGAGAGAGACAGCUCUCACUGCUAACUGAUGUGUUGAAAGGCAGUGAGUUU